GCGCACAGACAGAAGUAAAGUGAUGACAGUUUCUAACCUAAUUUUAUUGUUUUCACAGGUGAUUUAGUUAGUUUCAUUUACGCAAAGCACAAUUAUUUAACUGAAAAAAAAAGUACGCUUGUUGACGUAUAAAAAAACUCCGACAACAACUGGAUUUAUUUACUGGCUAAGACAUGCGAUCUUACGAAACAGCUCGACAAUUAUCCUACGAAAGCUUCAUCGAAACCUUCGGAAAAGUACCGGUUGAUAGUUCUAAAGAUUUCAAACCCGUAGUCAAAAGACGCAGCAUGUUCGUUCGUCCCAAGGAAGUAGCGUCUAUAUUGAAAACCCAAGGGACCAAGGUUGCUACCAACACUCAAGAACAAGUACAUGAUUCCGCAUCUGACACAAACAAUAACGCAGUAACCAGCGAAGGGAUGGUUGGAUCAAAUAAUCAAGCAUUUGUAACAAGCCAUAAAGAAACGAGAGUUGAAAGAAUGUCCAGAAAAUUCAGAAAAAUUUCUCUCAGAAAAAGGGAUGCCAGUAAAGGUGGUUCAGCCGAUCGUAAAAAGGCCUCACUUCACAGGAGUAAAAGCGUAUCAUUUUUGGGAAAAUCCGCAUGUGGCAACAGACUUUCCACGUUCAAUCCUAUUAGCGGUGGAAGAAAGAGUCCAGUUCUAGACGGCUCAGAAACCCCUAUGUCCAAGAUGAACUCAGCCGCUCAUCGUGGAUAUCUUUCAAAAAAGGACGAAAAAAGAAAUUCGUGGAUAAGAUAUUGGUGCAUUCUUCAAGACUCAUGUCUUUAUUGCUAUUCAACUCCCAAUUCCGAUUUUGCCGAUGACGUCAUUGCACUUGGCGGUUACUACGUCAUGUCAAGAUUUUCAGGAUUGAAUUUGCAAUCUUCACCUACCAUUGCCUUGGAGCGACCUGAACACGAAACCUAUGAAUUUAAAGGCGACAAUCAGAAAGAGCAAAAUGAAUGGAUUAUGGCACUGAAAGGGGACAUUUUGAUUGGAAAACGAAGCUCUGCUGUACUUAAACGGUCAACAUCUCUUUUACAACCAUCAACGUUGAAACAGAUUGUUCCCAAAUAUCAAAGGGCUAACACGGACACCGAUACGGUCUCGAGAGCAAAAGCUAAAUUGUUGGGAGACAUUUUAGCUCAACAAAAAAGUAUUUUAAGGGAACAAAUUGCCCUUAAAAAACUGUCAAUUUCAAGAGAAUCGUUUACCGUCAGCACGAAUACGGUUAAUGAAGUGCGCUGCAAAACACCUUCAGUUUCUUCAUCAACGCAGUCGGAGGACCAUGGAUAUUGUUCUUCUCUUGAUAUAUCUAUGCAAGACAACUUCACAGACCUAGACGAUUCCAAUAACAGCAGACAAAACUCUCCGCCCAAUGCGAGAUCAUUUCGAUCUAUGAGCACAGUCAGCGUUGCAAGCAGCGGCAGCCUUUGCAGCAUAGCUGAAGAAAAACAGAAACCCGCUGAAAUCAGUCCCCGCGUAUUAGCUGAAAUUGAGGAAUUCAGAAGUUUCAGCAAAAAGACAAUCGAGGAAAGACGACCCAAAAAUCUCAUAUGAUUCAGAAGAACGUACGAUAUUUGCUUCAGUAAUGAAAUAACAUCACAUGAUUAAUAAAUGUCUAAAUAAGGCAUCAAGAAAACAUAAUCCAAGCAAACAAGAUAUCAAGAUUAUGAUUCAUCACUAUUAAAUGACAUGAACGCAUGAUAAGAAAUAUGAACGGCCAAUAUGAAAACAGCUACCACAGUUCGGACGUCGUUAUAAGAUUGGAUGUUAAAUAUCAUCAUUUUCUCAAAUGCAAUUCUAUCUGAACCGCAGUUUCUGAUUCAUCACUGCAGUAUAUUCGACGACACCGAUAUACGCGCCACUUCUAUCAUCAUUGGUCGGACCAAUAUAUCCAAUAUCUUUCAUGCUCUUGCUAUUAAACAUUAUUAAAGUGUAAUUGUCUGCAAUUCAUCUGAAGGUAGACGUAACAAGACCAAAAUUGUGUCACGUUUUCAUUCCUAAUUGAUGCUGACCAAAAUCAUGUUUUAUUCGACUUCGAUUAAUCAAGUUGUGAAUCAUUGAUUCAUGUUAUAUCAAAUGUGGGCGAUAGAUUACCGGACCAAUUGAGCACCAUACAUAAUUGGCCAAUCACAAUUUGAAUUUUGGUUAACUUGGCAAAAUUCCACGUCAAAUCAUAUUACUGGAAUAUACGUCGAAUAAUGGUAUUUUGUGUACCACCGAUGUAAGCAAAAUGAAUCAACUUGUCGACCUAUCAAAUUUCAAUAAUUUUUUUAUUUGCUAAUACGAGUUCACUAAAAUAUGAUAUCAUCUCGAAGUAAUGUAGUGUGACAUAUAUAUUAUAUUUGUUAUAAUUAUAAUUUCAUUGGUUCCAAUUGUUUCAAGCUUGUUUUAUUGUUCAUUAAAUGUUUCAUUCAUUUCGUUAUUUUUCAUUUUAACAUUAUUUCAUUCUUGUAUCAGAAAUAUUCAAUUUUAUUCAUAUUACGAAUUAUUUUUAAAAUAAAAUACUGUGACCCUGUAUAUUACAGUCAUUUGAGCGAAAAUAUAUUGGUCAAGAGCAUCGGUUAUAAUUCGACUUACAUCAAAUGAUAUAAUAUGUCUAUGCUCUAUAAUAUGUGUGAGCGUGCUUUUCUCAACUUUAUUUAAUGCUCAAGUUGAGUGUAAGUUUUGCUGCUCAAAAUAUUUGAAGCAUUCAUCGCGAGGUGAAAUACAAAUAAUUGAGUAUUUGCUUAUUCCUGUUGAG